GCUGUACAGCAAGCAAAGUGCGAUAACUUCUCCAAAGGACACCAAAGUAUCUGGCAGAUGUUCUUGAAGACUGGAAUUAUCAUACGUUUUUGAAUUCAGGAGAUCUGACCAAAGCAGGUUAAGAUGAUCACAUUAAAGCACCUUGCGAUUUUCACAUAUCUUAUUACCAUACAGGGAUUAGUACGAGCACAAAUACAGACAACUGGAAAUCUUAUGGACAUGAAUUUUAAAGUUAAAGAGGGAAGUCCUGCAUCAUUAAUAUACCAGUUUUUGAAAAGCAAUCCCAAUUCCCAUAGCUUUGUACUUGAAGGCCAAACGGAUGGGGCGAUUGAAAUUCAAAGCGAAGACGGCAGGCUUCAGACAACAAAACCUCUUGAUAGAGAAACAAAAGCGCUGUACCAACUAAAGAUUAAAACAGUGAAUAAAGAAUACGCUCUUGUUGAAGGCCCUUAUUCUAUUAAUAUAAUUGUUGAAGAUAUAAAUGACAACAUACCCGUAUUCAACCAAUCCCGGUAUGAGGGAAAAGUGAGGGAGAACUCAAGGCCAGGAAUACCAUUUGUGACAGUGUACGCCACAGAUGCGGAUGACCCUGAGACACCUAAUGCACAGCUCCACUACGAAAUCCUGCAGCAGAUUCCAGACCCAUACAAAGUCAGGCUCUUCCAGAUUAAUAACAAGACUGGGGCAAUCUACAUAACACUGAAUGGUAGCCAGCUCUUGGAUUCGGAAGCCCACAAUUCAUACGAGCUGCUCAUUGGUGUAUCCGAUUCAGCAGAGAGGCCAUUUAGAGCUAACACAAAAGUGUUUGUCACCGUUUUGGAGAACAUCUGGCUGAAACCCAAACCUGUUACUAUUGUAGAAAAUUCCACAGAGCCGCACCCCAUCAAAAUCACUCAGGUCAGGUGGAAUGAUGAUGGAGCCAUUUUUGAACUACAUCAAAGAGAAAAGUAUCUAAAGUUCCCGUUUUCUAUUGAUAAAAACGGAGAUAUUUAUGUGACUGAACCACUGGACAGAGAGGAACGGCCUCAGUAUAUAUUCUAUGCCAUAGCAAAAAAUCAGAAUGGAGUUCCUUUGGCACGACCUGUAGAGGUUGAAGUAAAUGUUGAUGAUAUUAAUGACAACCCACCAGUAUGCCCAGAAGCUUUGACAAUUUUUGAAGUUCAGGAAAAUGAAGAAGUUGGAGCUUUUAUUGGAACAUUGAAAGCCACUGAUAUGGAUCAAGAUCAAAAUUCGCUCUUACAUUACCGACUUCUGUCCCAAAAUCCCACGAAACCACAAGACACGAUGUUUUUUGUCUCUGAGUACUCUGGAGACUUCCAGUUGCUGACGUCUGCACUGAGUAUUCAAGAUGUUGAUGUGUACUUGUUGACCGUGGAAGUGUCUGAUGAAGGGUCACCUGCUUACAAAACAACGUGUGAAGUGCAGGUUAAAGUAAUUGAUGUCAAUGACCAGAUCCCCAUAUUUGAAACUUCCGAUUAUGGCAAUGUGACCAUCGCUGAAGAUACACCAUUACAGACAGUGGUAUUUACUAUUCAGGCCACCGACGCUGAUCAGCCAAACACUGGGAGUUCUGAAAUAAUUUACGCUAUUAUAGAGGGAGACCUAGACAAAAUGUUUUCAAUUCAUACCAAUAAAACAACAAACAAGGGAUACGUCAAGAUUGUGAAGCCCCUGGAUUUUGAGAAAUUUCGAACUCAUGCCCUUGUGAUUCAAGCAAGGAACCCUGAGCCUUUCUUCGGAGGAGUUAACCUCAAUGAGAGUUCCAUCACUCGGCUACAAGUUAUUGUCACCGAUGUUGAUGAAAAGCCGUAUUUUGAGCACAGCACAUACCAAAAACAGGUGUCUGAGGAUAUUCCUAUAGGAACAAAAGUGAUUACAAUAGAGGCCAAAGAUCCUGAAGGUGAUGACAUAAUUUAUGCUCUGAAGGGUGACUCCAGGAAAUGGCUUUGGAUAAACGAAUCUUCCGGAGAAAUCUACAGUGAUGCUAUACUGGAUCGUGAAACCGCAAAACACUAUGAAGUGGAAGUAGCAGCCAGUGAGAAAAAAAAUAAAUACAUGACCUCAUCUGUGUAUUUACGCUUAUAUUUGGAUGAUGUUAAUGAUAACGCACCAACAUUGGCAUCCAGUUAUAAAGGGCCUAUAUUCUGUUACCCGCUUAAGAGUCCAGAAACUAUAAUUAUUGAGGGGACUGAUGCUGAUACCGAGCCAAAUGCACGCAGACUGCGAUUUUCACCUGGGCAUGAAAAUGUAACAAAGGACUGGGAAGUAGCAUAUAUUAAUGGUUCUCAUGCUCGUCUUACGAUGAAGCAUACGCAGUUCAAUACUGGUAUUUUACGUGUUCCUAUAAAAAUCAGAGAUAAUGGAAGGCCUCCUAGUGAAGCAAUUUCCGAUGUUUCCUUGACAAUCUGUACCUGCUCUGCCCCAGAGGUCUGUGAAUCACCCCCAGCAGGAGACUCACGGAAGCCAUCUAUCGGAAUGGCUCUUGGAAUUUUAUUUGGAGUACUGGCAGUUAUUGGUGUGAUUGUUGCAGCUGUAUUUAUCUCAAUAUCAUCCAAAAAGAAGAAACAAAAGAAGGCUAGUGGCAAGGAUGCAACGCUUCCAUCAGAAACUGCAAAUCUGAGCUCUUAACGGCAAGGGGGCAACUAAAAUGUCAUAUUAGUUUAGUAAAAAUCUGAAUUUUAUAAAGGGAUCGUUCAUGUUUGUGGGGGGGUUUUCACAAUUUUAGACAUCAUAAAAUAGCGCAGCCAAUUUAAAGUACCUUAUGGGCUUUGUCUGCAUUUUCAGAUGUGAUAAAGCCAACCUGAGGUCUUUUGUUACAGUACAUGUGCACUCUGUACAUAUACAUCUUAGCAGAUCAAAUGCCAUGGUCUUAUGUGAAUUAUUGUAAACAUUGGGGGCAACAAACCAUUACUAAAAUGUCAGUGUGUUUAGUUAAAUAUUAGCUUUUACAGAAUUACUUUUUAUUAAUUCAGGAGCAGCCGUAUAAGUCCAGUAGUGUAGACAAAAAGUAAUGUUGCACAAACUUGUAAUAAAAUUCUUAUCAGACUAACAGUAUUUUGUAAUAAGAAGCUUUCAGGAGCCUUUUGGCUUGAUAAAGAGAAGACUCCCAAAACCUUGUCAAGACAAAAUACAGUUAGCCCAAUAAAAAAAAGGUACUACAAGAUUCUGUAACAUUCUGUUACUUUUUAUAUGUAUUAAUGCAAUAAAUGGUCUGCAGUUUGACAUUAGGACAUAAAGACAUGUUUGUUCUACUUGAAAAAAAUAAUAGUAAAGUCCAAUGCAUUUUAUAAGACAAACUGGAGAAACAUGCUAGGGUUUCCAUUUCCUAAUGCCUAGUUGCUCCAGUGAGGUGAAUUUCUGAAAAUACCAUAUAAUUGGACUCUUUACAUGCAUCGUGAAAGUAUUCUUUAUUGAAUUUGCCAAAUCUGGAUUAUUAUUAUUAUCGAAUAGUGAUUAGUAUCACAACCCCACAUUACUGCACGUUGGACAAAUACAGCGUGCAAAACAGAGCACAUAGCGUAACAAUUUGAACUUACUGAAAACGGUUAGGGCGGCCUUGCUCAAAAAAGUUGACAAUCAAGAAGAGUUUUUAGUAGUUCACACUGCUUUCGUUUCUCACGCAUUGUGUUAAAUUGUGAAACUAACUAAACUCAUACCUACACUGGAUGCUAAAAAGUCGUUACAUGUCAGAAUUUAAAGACUCAUCCCUAACUUGAUGAUUCAGUCUGAGUUCAAAUAGAGCUAGUAUUAUUUUUUUGUCCUGGAUCAGGGGUAUAACAUUUACAACACUCCUGCUUGAUUAACUUCCCUCCUGUCAACCUUGAGGAAGUAAAAGAAUCAGAAAAGUGUCCGUUCACAAUCAGUUCAGUGCACAUAGUACAUUGUGGGUUGGCAUAUUAAAUUGUGAAUUGUAUGCACGUACGUGACGUAGGAGGAAAGAGGUCUGAACUAGUACUGUGUUUCAUCUGUCAAAAAUAAACGUACAUUCCAACUUACCUCUAAGCUGCUUGCUUUAAACGCAGAGAAUUAAAAAAUAAUACGGUUUGGAAAAAAGAUUUGUUUUUUGUUUUGUGAUGGCAUGUUUCACAUUUCAAAGAGAUAAUUAAUGCCUAGUUUCAUUUGAAUUUUACAGGUUUGUUGUAUUUUUAAACUGUACUUUUAUGACUUAUUUAAUGUGUGUUUCACUGCCAUUUACAGUUUUUAAACGUCCGGAUGUUAGAAGAAAUAGAAGCGAUAUAAUUGAUUUAGUCUGCUGCUUUGUUUUCAUCACAACUGUUAUCUAACCAAAGUUUCCUUACGGGCAGACCCUUAACCUUCACUAAAGACAUAGCAAGGCAGGCCCACUGAAUUUUAUCCAGAUAUGCCAUGUCUGUAAGAUGCCAGUGCCCACUUGUAACAGAUACGGUUUAGAAUCUGCUAAUAAACUAGAUGCUCCUUCGAAUGUGAAGAUAUCUCAUUUUUAGUGCUUGCAUUGUUGUAUGGACUCAAAUCAGUUGGCACCAAAAGCACAGCUAGUGUAGCAACCUAACUUUGGAAAGAAAUCUGACCAAUUUAGAGUACACAUAACAUUGCUAUUCCAUACACGCUUUGUACCUGCAACUGGCAACAAAGGAAACAUCCAAUGGGCCACUUAAAUGGUAUAUAGGCCUGGUCCUUGACCAAAAAGCACACCAGGCAAGCGUCUCUGUCAUCACACACGCAUACACGUCAUGUCUAUUUUUACAUUUAGAAUGAGUAUAAGCAUAGACCUCUUGUGUGUCCUCCACAGGUUAUGGGGCUUUUUUUGCUUCUCUGGCAGGUCCAGAACUUGCUUCCACACAGUGGGGACAUCAUUCUUCUGACACUAAGACUGGUUCUGAUCGUAUGGCUGCAAAUAUGUUUUAUCUACUAAUGUACUGUGUCGGUGAAACCAGCUUUUUCUGUACUUUUUCUGUUAUCCUGUACAAUUAAACUGAAGAAGUCUACAAUAGUGAAACCAAGAGAUAAUUACUGAGAACAGAACCAACUCAUGUGGUACUAAUGCUGCCUUUCAAAAAACAGACCCAGAUCCACAAACAAAAAAAGCUUUAAUAAAUACUGUUUUGUAUA